AUGACACUCAAAAACGGCACCGGCCAAGCUUGCGCCGCCUGCAAGUACCAACGCCGGAGAUGCACCCCAGAAUGCCUCCUCGCCCCAUUUUUCCCAGCCGACCAGCCGAAAAUGUUUCAGUACGUUCAUCGAUUGUUCGGGGUCAAAAACAUCCAGAACCUCCUCAAGGAGCUCAGCCCAGAGCAGAAGCCCAUGGCCAUGAAGUCCAUUAAAUUCCACGCUGCCAUGCGGGACAAGUACCCUGUAUACGGCUGUCUUGUCGAGAUACAACAACUCACUUAUCAAAUCCAGAUGGCCGAGGAAGAACUCCAAGCAGUUCUCCAACAACUCGCCUACUACAGACAGCAACAGCAACAACAACAACACCAGCAGCAGGAAAUUUCUGCCACAACUGAAUAUCUCUCGGAGCUACAAUUAGGCAUGGCCCCGCCUGGCCCGAACACAGCAAUGACACUGGUUCAAGACGAGAAUAACAAUAAUAAUAAUAUUAAUAGUAAUAAUAGUAAUGGUAACAAUAACCCGGCCCAAUACAAUAAUGUAGCGGACUUGCUGAUUGGGCCGGGCCCACAAAUCUCGUCGUAUUCCAAUAGUUGCAAUGGCGAUUACGGCAUUGCUUAUUUGGAUUUCAAGGAGAGCAAUGCAGUUGAUUCGUUUUGUCACGAAACGUAUAGUAAUAAUAAUAGCAAUGAGAAUGUGAUCAACGCGGAUGCAAUGGUCGUGCAAGCACAAAUGGUCACUUCGCCACAGCUUAUGAAUGUCGAACAAGAAGCAAUGGCUCAUGAUUAUAACGAGAUGCACCCGUUUUUCGAUAAUAUCGAUGAUACGCAAUCUUACAUUGGUUGCAAGGAUGCGUACGAGACGAGCUUGGGUUCACCUUUGAAAGAUUCAAGAUCACAGCUGGCUGAGGAAAUGGAUGAGAAUGAACUGAAAAGUGCAGCUGCAUGUUUUAGCCUCACAAGUGUCAAUUAAGGACAUAUUUUUUAUGACCUAGAAAAGGAAAAUGUGAGAUUUAUAGGUAGCAUUUUUGCCUUCUUGGACAAAAAGUUUUGAUGGAGAGAGUUUCUCAACCAUGGAUUUAUCUUUCCAUAGAAGAAAAAAAAAGGGAGAAAAAUUAUGUGUAGCUCAUUUUUUCCAUGCUCUUUGAAAUUGAUACUCAUUUCAAAAGAUUGUUCCAGAAAAUACCAAAUUUGGUAUGAUUAUUACCUGUUGAGAUUGAUAUACAAAAUUCAAAUCAGG